AUGUGUCCCGGUGUAUCCCGGUGCGUCCCGGUGUGUCCCGGCGUGUCCCCGGAGUGUCCCGGGCUGCAGACCUUUGACCCCCCCUCUCCGUGCGCGGCCCCCCCAGACCUGGCCAGCGGGGUGACCCUGGCCCACGUCCUGCACAGAAUUGACCCCUCCUGGUUCGAUGAGACGUGGCUGGGCCGGAUCCGGGGGGACACCGAGGGCAGCGCUCGCCUCAAGGUGAACAACCUGCGCCAGGUGCUGCAGAGCGUCCUGGAGUAUUGGCAGGAUGGGAGUUUUGGGGACCCCCUGGGGUUAUUGGGGGGGGCCCUAACCCCAAUCCCACCCCCCAAACCCCAAUUCCUCCCUCCCUUGCGGCAGCUCUUGGAUCCGGAGCCGUCGGAGCCGAUGGCGGCCGAGACCUACGGGAACUUCGACACUCAGUCCCGCCGCUAUUACUACCUGAGCCAGGAGCCCCCCGAGGAGGGGUCGGGGCAGCGCUGCCGUGAGCUGGAGCAGCAGGUGGCCACGCUGCAGGAGGAGAAGGGGCACCUGGCCGCCGAGAACCGCGCGCUGCGGGAGCAGCUCGAGCGCGACGCCGUGAGCUGGGACACCUGCUCAGGUGAGCCAUGGUACCUGCUCAGGGCGUCGUCGGCGCGGGCGGGGCGGCUGGAGGCGGCCGUGGCCACGUACCGGGGCCGGGCGGCGGCGGCGGGCGAGCUGCGGCGCUGGGCGCGGGCGCUGGAGGAGCGCCACGCCGCCCAGGUGCGCCGCGCCGCGCACCUGCAGCAGCAGCUGGGCCGCGCCCAGGCGGGCUGCGCGCAGCUGGAGGCCGCCCGCAGGCAGGUGGAGGAGCUGAGCGGGCAGCAGGCGGAGGCGGCGCUGAGGGCCGAGAAGUGGCACCUGGAGCUGCGGCACCUGCAGGAGCGAUUCGAGGCCCUGAGCCAGGAGAAGGAGCGGCUGCUGGAGGAGCGGGACGCGCUGCGCGAGGCCAACGAGGAGCUGCGCUGCGCUCAGGUGCAGCAGAGCUGCCUGAGCCGGGCAGGUGCAGGGCUGGAGGGGGGCGCAGCCCCUCCCCGGAAUUUGGCGGCUGAGAUCCUUCCCGCGGAGCUCAGGGACACGGUGACGCGGCUGCGGCGCGAGAACCGGCGGCUGCGGCUGCAGCGGGACCAGCUCCGGCACAGGCUGGAGGCCACAGAGGCAGCAGAGCCUCGGACAGCGCAGAGCAAGCUGUUGCUGCUGGAGGAGACCCCCGAGGACCUGGAUGAGCUGCCUGAGGGAGAGGAGGAGGAGGAAGAGCUGGAACUCUCCAGGGCUGGAUUUAGAGGUUCCACGAGGUCGCCCCCCCAAAAACUCUCAGCAUCCCCUGGGGACCCCCCCUUGGCCCCCGUCCUGCAGCUCCUCCGCAGCCAGCUGCAGGAGAAGGACGCGCUGAUCCAGCACCUGGAGAACGACUGGGAGCGCAGCCGGGCGCAGCGGGAGCGCGAGGAGCGGCUGCUGGUCACCGCCUGGUACAACAUGGGGCUGGCGCUGCGGCAGCACGAGGGCGGCGCGGCGGCGCGCGGCGGCCACGGCGGGGCUCGCUCCUUCCUCGCCCAGCAGCGCCUGGCCACCGCGGCGCGGCGGGCGCGAGCCCCCCACGGCCGGGCUGCCUCCAGCUGAGGAGGGGUCCCCAAAAAACCGCCCAGACCCCGCUAGCGCGGGGCUGGUUUCACACACUACACACCCUCGUUUUUGGGGGAGCCUGGAUUUUGCCCCCGGACUUCUCGGGUGGGGGGUUUUUAGCACUUCUAUUUUUGUAGCCUAUUUUCUGGGGGAGGUCUCGUGUGUGUGAGACCCCCGUAAAAUCUUCUAAUAAAGCCUCAGGACUCAGC